GAAACCCAGAAGCUCACUUCAUCGAUUCUUCACCCCGGUUUUUUCGCCUACGCCAUAUCCCCUUUCUAAUUUCGUCGAAACCCUAAUUUUGCCUAACUGAUGUGUUAUAAGAAACUGAUCAUGUGAUUCUUUCUUGCUUUGUUGAUCAUGUUUGGAUGAACUUUGUACUGAUUUGUUUCUGUGUUUGCACCAGCUUGACAGAUUCAUUCCCAACAGAUCAGCCAUGGACUUCGACUAUGCUCACUACGCCCUUACCGAAGGAAGGAACGGGAAAGACCAGGUAGCAGCAGCGGUAAGCUUACCAUCCACAGAGGCCUACAGGAAGCAACACUCGGAUUCUCGCCUUCAGAAACAAACCUCAAGCUCCUGUCAAGUUGCUUCCACGGACCACUCUGCUUAUCUUCACCAACAACCCAGAUCCGUUAAGCCUCGCAGAUACAUUCCUCAGACUUCUGAGAGGACAUUGGAUGCACCUGACAUUGUUGAUGACUUCUACCUCAACUUGCUUGACUGGGGCAGUGCUAAUGUUCUGGCUAUAGCGUUGGGACACACUGUUUAUCUCUGGGAUGCCUCCAUUGGGCUCAACAACUCUGGAGUCCAGCUUCGGGAUUCUGCAUCCAACCGUCAAUUGAGAACAUUGAAGGGUGGACACCAGUCUACAGUAGGAUCAAUGGCGUGGAACAACCACAUCCUCACAACGGGAGGAAUGGUUGGUCUGAUUGUCAACAACGACGUACGAAUCAGAUCACACGUUGUGGAAACUUACAGAGGCCACACUCAAGAGGUUUGUGGGCUACAGUGGUCAGGAUCCAGGCAGCAGCUAGCAAGUGGUGGCAACGACAAUGUUGUACACAUAUGGGAUCGUUCUGUGGCCUCCUCAAACUCGACCACGCAAUGGCUCCACAGGCUGGAAGAACAUACGUCUGCAGUUAAAACCCUUUCCUGGCGCCCUUUCCAAGCGAAUCUGCUUGCAACAGGUGGUGGUGGAGGAGAUAGGACCAUAAAGUUCUGGAACACUCACACUGGAGCUUGCUUGAACUCAGUAGACACUGGCUCCCAAGUUUGUUCGUUGUUGUGGAGAAAGAAUGAAAGAGAGUUGCUUAGCUCACACGGGUUUACACAGAAUCAGCUUACGUUGUGGAAGUACCCUUCUAUGGUGAAAAUGGCUGAGUUCACUGGUCAUACAUCAAGAGUCCUAUACAUGGCUCAGAGCCCAGAUGGUUGUACCGUAGCUUCAGCAGCAGGAGAUGAAACUCUGAGAUUCUGGAAUGUUUUUGGAGUCCCAGAGACCGCCAAAAAACCUGCUCCAAAAGCAGUCCAUGAGCCAUUUGUCUCAUGUGAACCGUAUUCGUUGAAGAAACUGUGAAAAGAGACUAAAGAGCAAAGAAAGUCAAGCAGUGAUACAUAAGACUAACAACAAAGUUAAGGGUGAAAUAAAUAGUUCAGUUUAUGAUUGUGCUAAAAAAUUAUCACUGGCUUUAAAGAAGGACUCUUAGGCAAUCGCGGAGAGGAUUCAUUGCUCUCUUUGUUUCCCAACGUUUAACUCUCUCUGAGUAUUGUAGGCUACUGGAAGCUCAGUUGAUCACAUGAGUUGCUUUGGAGACGCAGCUUGACGGCUUCAGGAAACCGCUCUAGAUGCAUCCACUAAAGGGAACCGAUUAAACCAGGAAAUUAAAGGCGUUGAGAGUCUGGCAGCUAGGUUGUAUCGUUAAUAUAGUUCUUUAUGUGUCACCCAUGUUGUUUAGUGUUGUACACAGGGGGAUUAAUACAAACCAUGUUUAGCUCCAAGCUUUCUUAAUUAUGGUUUUAGUCAGAAAAUUGUUGUAAUUCCUUAAUAAAUCAAUCUGCAGAAAGCACCUGAGAAAUGUGGAUGUUCUUGACACUGCUGUGAACAAGCUUAUCUGUCCUCCAUGACAAGUCAUCAGCUUUACUAAUUUUUUUACUUUAUUAAAAGUAUUAUUGUAUUGUAAAAUAUUAACCUAACACCGGUAUAUUUUUUUUCAAAUAAUAUCUCUAGA